AUGAAAAACAAUGAAACCGCUGAAAAACCAGAAAAGUAUCCUUUUGCAGAAUUAAGUAAAAUUAUUCACAUAGACGGAAUAGACGCUAAGAAAAUAGCUGAUCGUUGGUGGAACAUACUAGAUCCUCGUCUUUGCAAAGAACCUUUAUCUCAGAAAGAGAAGAAGUAUAUUUAUAGUAGGGUGCCACAACUCAUUCGACCACAACAAAAAAUUAAUUGGAAAGGUUUGCAGGAAGAAAUGAAAGCCAAAUUUGAAAAAUUCCCUGGUGAUGGUAUUGAAGCCGGUGCUUCCAACAAAGCUGAUGAUAAUAUCGAAGCAGGUGCUUCCAAUAAAGCUUCUAUUGAUUACAUGAUGAAUUAG